GUGCAGGGCCGGACUGGCCAUUCGUGCACUCUGGCACUGCCCGAGGGCCCUGGGUCAGUAGGGGGCCCCAUGAGAUGCCCCUGGUACCUUUCAUUGGCUUUUUCAUAGGCUUUUUUGGGUGUGGGCGAGAACACAGGGGCCCCAUGAUCCCCUAUUGCCCGGGGGCCCCAUGAGUUGUCAGUCCGCCCCUGUACAUGUGAUUUUGAGCAGCCAUGCCGCCCUGGGCGGACUGACCAUUUGGAAACUCAGGCACUGCCCGAGGGGUGGGGUCAGUAGGGGGCCCCAUGAGAUGCCCCUGGUACCUUUUUUUCAUAGGCUUUUUUGAGUUUGGGCAAGGACACAGGGGCCCCAUGAUCCCUAUUGCCCGGGGGCCCCAU